UGAAACUGUCCCGCCCUUAAACGUCACAGCUUCAAUCCAUAGAGGUGUCGUCAGCUGUCUGGUUGAUGAUCUUUAUAUAUACAGUACCAAAGUUCAUCAUUACCCAAACACAACAAUCUCUUGGCGUCAACAAAACAACAAUCAAGAACUCCAAAUCUGAAACUUUUGCAAUCACCCGGUUCCAUCAGACACAAGAAAAAAUGGCUCUGAUAAGAGGUCUAAUGGGUGCAAAGAAGAUUAUGAACGGAGGAGCUUCCGCACCAAAGGGAUUUCUUGCGGUGUACGUCGGCGAGAGCAAGAAGACGAGAUAUUUGGUGCCGGUCUCAUACUUGAGUCAGCCUUCGUUUCAAGACCUGCUCCGUAAAGCUGAAGAGGAGUUCGGGUUCAGUCAUCCGAUGGGCGGGUUGACGAUCCCUUGUCCCGAAGAUGUUUUCAUGACUGUAACUUCUCAGCUCCAAGGAAGAUGACCAGAAGAGAACAUACAUAUUUUUGCCUCCAUGUAAAGAUUGGUUACUCGAUGUAGAUACAUGCUUUUGAACUCUUGUAUAUUAUACAACUCACAAGCUCAUUAUGCUUU